AUGGCAACCUCAUACCUGACGGAGUCACUGGCAGGACCAACAAGUGCCCGAGGAUCAUCAUACUCAUUUUCCUACGAAUCACACUACGAUAACCCACCGGAGGAGGAAUACGAACACUUUACGAAUGAUGAUGGCGUACAUCAGAUGCAGAAACCAACGAUCUUCAGCAGAUGUCAUUUCGCUAUGCAUCUCACAGCUUCCACACGAAAUCUACCAUUCGAAAUCGUUGAACACGAGUACCUCGAUCCAUCUUCACUCGGUGCUGCUGCUGCUGGUUCUUCAACGGUGUCUUCCUUCCGGGUGAUCCCAUGA